AUGGAGGACUACGAGACGUUCUGUUCCAAACGCCUGGCGAGGCUCCAGGGAGAGCCGCUGCAGGGAGAGAUGCCUCCGGUUCCUCAGCACAGCAGCGUUUCCCUGAUCCAGUUCCAUGGCGUUCCUGUGCUUCCUCCUUUGCUUAGUCUUGAAAGAAAAAAGGAGAUCCAGCAAGACAGACAGAAAGCUCUGGACUUUGAGCUCUGGAGGCAGAAUUCCAGGAAAAGAAUUUUGUUGAAUCGUGUUCAGGAGAUUCUGGAAAAUGUGCAGAUGAAGAAAUUGUCCAGUCCGAGUGAUUUAGAUCCUUCAGGGACGGAGAAACCUUGUUCAACUUUAGAACCUCACAUGAUUAAUGGCUUUGUAACUGAAUCAAGCAGUGUUCUUUGUGGUUCUACAGAGCCCCAAAAGACACCGGAAGUUAAGCCAGCAGAUACCCCGGUUGUAUCUGGUGGAAACUUACUCGGAGAAACUGAACGGCUUGUACGUGAUAAACAAAAGGACGUUUGCCCUAGCCUGUCGGAAAAGACAGUUUGCCCAGAAAGCUCAUUUGCCAUUCCAGGAAACUCACUUUCUUCCAGUGAGAUUGCAAAGCAAGAGAGUGUUGAGAUGGGACCGGCUGCCGUGGAAGCCCCGGAUCCUUAUGUAAUGAGUCUUCAGAACCUCUUGAAAAAAUCCAGGGAGUACAUACAGAGAGAACAAAGCAGACGGAGCAUGCGGAGCAAUUCAAAGAGAAGUGUCAGCGAAAGCCUUUCUGAUAAGGAAAAUGAUACAGUUAAAGACUCCAUGAAAGAGAGAGGAAAGUUAAUGGAAAGGAGCUGCAUGGCAGGGACCCUUGACAAGCCAAGCCUUACUUCUUUGCAAGGUACCUCUGUCCCCAAAAAUAGCAAAAGGGUGGUAGCAUCACCCAGUUUCUCUAAAGUGGAUAUACCCAUGAGAUCUGGAACCCCGCCUGUGCUGGAUUCUGAUUCGGAUGAAGACUUUAAAAAUACCUCUCUGUUUGAUCAUGACAGCAGCAUCCUCCGAAGCCUGACAGGUUCUUACUCAAAAUUGCCAAGUCCCGAGCCAAGCAUGAGCCCCAAAAUGCACCGAAGGCGCCCCAGGCCUUCUUCAAUGGGGCACAUCGUCAUUAACAACCCUAUCAAUGCCUAUGAAUUAAGCCCCAAUGAGAAAGGAAGAGCUGUGAGUUUGAUCGGAGACGCUGCCGGCAAUAAAAUGUUUGUCUCUGACCCUGUGCCAAAACUGACUUCAGACUUUGCUCUGGUCUGCUCCGGCAAAACGGACGCUUUCGACAAGAGCGCUUCGGACAUCUCGGAUGAGUCGGUGGGCAUCAAGCAGAAUGAAGCCUGUCAGCCUCCUGUCAGCGAGCGAGAAAGCGCAGGGUUGUUUCCCACCAGUGCGGUCACCGGAGGAGGAGAAAGAAUGAUUCUGGAUGGUAGAGGGGCAUCUGCAGCUUGCUUUUCGGCCCCAAGCCUACAAGAGUCCCCUGCAGCUAGCGACCCCGUCGCCAUGCAGAACGCAGCCAGCGUGGGCGGAGCCAAGCAGGCUGUUUUGCUCGACAAGGCCAAAUGUGGCGCAGCCACAGAACUUAAUAAAUCCUAUGAUGUGGAAAGCCCCUCCCCUUUGCUGAGGCAAGCACAGCACCCGCCCCAGAUGGACACCCCGAACGCAGGAAGCGAGCAGGCCUCAGAAAACGGCUUUGAGAAGGUGAAGCGGAGGCUCGAGCUGGACUCCGACGGUGGGCAGAAGGAAAACGUGCCUUGCACCAUGAGGGGAGGCGCCGGCGAGCCCGAGAAACGGUGGCUGCACGACCAGAGGCGCCCCGGGGGGCCUGCUUUCACCGCCAAGAACGAGGCGUGUGGCAGAGAUUCCAGGGAAGAGGAGGCUCUGAAAAUAAAAAUGCUGGCUUUGGAGGAAAUGAGGAAACGGCUGGAGGAGCAGCACGCUCAGCAGCUGUCCUUGCUGAUUGCAGAGCAAGAGCGAGAACAGGAAAGGCUGCAGAAGGAGAUAGAAGACCAGGAGAGAAGGAUGAAAGGAGAGAAGGCUGCCUUAGCCGGAACGGAGAUCCCUCAGAUUGCUGUCAGCGGUGGGGUGGAUUUGCAGUGGCGGAAGAUCAGCGAUACCUGCAUGCUGGAAUCGGUGCUGACUCAAGUGGAAACGCUCCAUAAUGCAAACUCUGAGAGCAUGGGCUUUAUCAAUACCAAGCCUGGCUCGACGGCUGACUCUCCGUUCUACCUCUGGGAACCGCCAAGAAGUGCGAAGUCGAUUUCAGCAUCCAGAUCGAUUACCAGAAGCAAAAUGAGGUGGUCUCAGGUGUAUAGUCCCGAGAUGAAGAGGAAGUUAAACAAGAUCUCUGCUCUGGUCAAGGGCUUUCUGACGCGUAGACUCUUACAGACGGAGAAACUGAAGCACCUCCGGCAAACAGUCAAAGAUACAAGGGAGUUCAUUAGAAACUUUCAGUCAGAAGCACCCUUAAAGAGAGGAACUGUUUCUGCUCAAGACGCUUCUUUGCAAGAACGAGUGGCGGCUCAGCUCAGAGCAGCCUUGUACGAUAUCCAUGAUAUAUUCUUCAAAGUGGAGGUGUCUGAGAGGAUGAAUAUCCUGCGUCAUGAUCGGGAAGUACGCAAAGAGAAAAUGCUGCGGCAGCUGGAUAAAGCCAAAACACCUAAAGAUAGAGCGUCGCUUUCUACCGCCACACAGAAGUCUCUGGAUAGGAAGAAAUAUAUGAAGUACGUGGGGAAACGGGCUACAGAAAUGGGCAUGCCAAAUAAAAAAACAAUAGUGAAACAAAAGACUCCGGAAAACAGAGUUCUUCAGCCAAAUCAGGGACAAAACGCUCCCAUUCAAAGACUUCUUUACAGACAAGGAACCCCUAAGACCUCAGUGAAGGGGGCUGAGCAAAAUAGAAAGAAGCCCUCAGAGAGCAGAGUGUCUAACAAGGCCCACUCAGGAGUAUAUGCAGGAAGAAUCCAAAGAAAGAAGCCAAGUGUUGUGACAACUUAAGGCGGCAGCAUUCCCUGGGCUAAAGGAGGCGGCUUAGAUAUAUCUGUACAUGUUCUGCAUUGGUUGAGAUCUUCUGGCUGCUACACAUGUGGAUGAGUUUAAAUG